AGUUGUGUAAACUGUACACUGCUGCGUUUGUGUGUCAAUAGUUUGUGGAUAAAGUAGUUUGCUUCAAACCAGAGGCAGGGGAGUCAUGCAGAUCGGGUGGGUUACUUCAGAACAGUUGUGCAGACCACGAUUGUGUUGCAGGAGGUCUUUGCAAGACUCUGCUGCAAUGAUCCCAUUUGAUACAGCAGAGAAGAAGGUUACAGCUGGGGCGUGGUUUCAUAUCUCACGGAAUUAUCUCAAAGCAGGUUUCAAUAAACAGCAAAAAAAGACCUGUUUAGCAGCUAUUCUCAUCUGCAAGAUUCAAAUGGACCAAAAAUGGCUUCUGAUUCUGGUGAUUCUGGGGUUUUGUCAAAUUACUUCAGGAGCUGUCAAAUCAGCAAAGGAAGGGGACAAGACUGAAAUCAGCUGUACACCUCAAACUUCAGCAGGGGCCAGCAUGAUCGUCUGGUUUCGAGUGUUGGAUAGUUCUCGCAUGGAAUUCAUUGGGUCUUUCAGCGCAACUGGCAUAAAAAAGACAGUGAUGCCAAACUUCGAUGAGAUCUUCUCUCACUCAACAAAUCGUCUAACACUGAAGUCCUUCCAAACAAAAGACAGUGGCACUUAUAGUUGUGCUGCACUUGUCAGCGGUACCAAACUGACUUUUGGAGAAGUAACUAAAAUAGAAGGAGCUAAAACUGUAGCUAAAACAGCAGCACCACCGACGUGCACCACCGCAAGUAGUGUGACCACAACUCCAUCUUGUGAUUGUAAAAAGAAAAAUGGAGGGGUGUUCAUUUCUUCUAUGAGUUGUACUCCAAUAAUAUGGGGCUCGCUUGCUGGUGGCUGUGGCCUUCUUCUUCUGCUCCUCAUCCUCACCAUCUUGUACUGCAAUCGGAUAAGAACACGGAGAUGCCCACACCAUCACAAAAGAAGGCCACGACCGGAGCCUCCUGAAAAACAAAUGAUGGCCAGUAGAUAUGUUUAAUCUAAAGGGUGAAAUUUCAGACAUUUCUUUAAACCUUUUUUUUUCCUGCUUUUGUGUUGUUGUUGCAUAACCUCCUCAUCCUGUUUGGUAACGUCAACCUAAAGUAUUGUCUUUGUGGAAAUAUAAGAUGGUUUUAGAGUGAUUUGUGUGUUUGGCAUAUUUACAAAAAGCUUUUUAUUGUGAUCAUUGAGUUAUAAUUGCUAUGUAGCUUGAUGGCCGACAACACUCUACUGUCACUUUUAGAUUAAAAUUAAACCCUUUUAAUUAAAUCGUGUGGCUUAAAGCAUUUAUUUAGCAAACUGAAAUGACAGUUACUGGAACCGCUGAAGACGAUCCUGAGAAGCAUGUCUAUUUUGUUUUUGAAUUAUGAGCAAUAAUUGUAUAUAAUUUUUUUUUCUGUAGUUAAAAAAAAAAAAAAAAAAGCUUUAUCUGUUCACUUUGUUUUAGCAGUCUCCCCACAUUCAAUGUGAACUCGCCUCACUGUACUUGCAUUCAGUCAUUCGAACAAUUCAAAGCAGAGUUAAUUUUUUUAAUUAUUAUUAUUUUUUUCUAUUAAUGACUUCCAGGACUUGUUUCUCCAAAAGUAUCUAAUCUCAUGAAUGCAUAUAUUUUAAGGCUAUAAAGCAAUGCUGAAAAGAUCAA